CAUGGAUCUUAGCAGCAGAACGGUGGUGAAUCUGGUGGUGUUGGCGCUGGUAGCUCAGGUAACUGUGUCCCAGCACUGGUCCUACGGGUGGCUACCAGGGGGGAAGAGGAGUGUUGGAGAGCUGGAGGCUACUAUUAGGAUGAUGGGUACAGGCGGUGUAAUGUCUGCUCCUGAGGAAACAAGUCUCAAUGCACUGGAAAGGCUGAAUCCAUAUGAUGUCCUUAAUGAUGAAUCAAAUCAUUUCAAAACAAAGAAGCAUCAGCCAAACAAAUGAAGAGUUUUGAGUCCAAAAGUCAAACCGAAGCAGCAGAGGUGACAGGAUCCUAGAAGAGCCCUCAACAUUGUUAUCACAAUCAGUGACAUACCACUGAAUAACAG